AUUUUGCUUUGUGCUUCAGCUUGCAGGAAUUGUGGGAGGCGCUUCCGUGAAGAAAUGGACCAGUGUGUAUGAUCAUGGGGCCUCCUUGCUAACCAUCACCACCUGCUCUCCUUGAUAAGGGAGAGAGCGUGGGUCAGGGGAGAAGGAAAAGAGGCCAACAUGAAGCUAAAGCAGCGAGUCGUGCUGUUAGCCAUUCUUCUUGUCAUCUUUAUCUUCACCAAGGUUUUCCUGAUUGACAAUUUAGAUUCAUCAGCUGCCAACCGGGAGGACCAGAGGGCUUUUCACCGAAUGAUGGCUGGCCUGCGGGUGGAGCUGACGCCCAAGCUGGACCACACCUUGCAGUCUCCCUGGGAGAUUGCAGCCCAGUGGGUGGUUCCUCGGGAAGUGUACCCCGAAGAGACACCAGAGCUGGGGGCGAUCAUGCAUGCCAUGGCCACCAAGAAAGUUGUUAAAGCUGAUGUGGGUUAUAAAGGGACACAGCUAAAAGCCUUACUGAUCCUCGAAGGAGGACAGAAAGUUGUCUUCAAACCCAAGCGGUAUCAGCGGGACUAUGUGGUAGAAGGGGAGCCGUACGCAGGUUACGAUAGACACAACGCAGAGGUAGCAGCCUUUCACUUGGACAGGAUUCUGGGUUUCCGCCGAGCCCCGUUGGUGGUGGGCAGAUUUGUUAAUCUGCGGACAGAAAUCAAGCCUGUUGCCACGGAGCAGCUCUUAAGCACCUUCCUCACCGUAGGAAAUAACACUUGUUUCUAUGGAAAGUGUUAUUACUGUCGAGAAACAGAGCCAGCUUGUGCAGAUGGAGACACAAUGGAGGGCUCUGUCACGCUUUGGCUUCCAGAUGUGUGGCCUCUGCAGAAACACCGACACCCGUGGGGCAGGACUUACCGCGAGGGCAAACUGGCUAGGUGGGAGUAUGAUGAGAGCUACUGCGACGCUGUGAAGAAAACGUCCCCUUAUGACUCCGGCCCACGCCUCUUGGAUAUCAUCGACACAGCUGUCUUUGAUUACCUGAUUGGCAAUGCUGACCGUCAUCACUAUGAGAGCUUUCAAGAUGAUGAAGGCGCCAGUAUGCUCAUCCUUCUCGAUAAUGCCAAAAGCUUUGGAAACCCCUCGCUGGAUGAGAGAAGCAUUCUUGCCCCUCUCUAUCAGUGCUGCAUCAUUCGGGUUUCCACCUGGAACAGGCUGAACUACCUGAAGAACGGUGUGCUGAAGUCGGCCUUAACGUCUGCCAUGACACAUGACCCCAUCGCCCCCGUCCUCUCCGAUGCUCACCUGGACGCCGUGGACCAGCGGCUCCUGAGCGUCCUGGCCACCGUGAAGCAGUGCACUGACCAGUUUGGGAUGGACACUGUGCUGGUGGAAGACAGGAUGCCACUCUCCCACUUGUAAUUCUCACCACAAAAUAAGUGAAACUUCUUUUUACAAAGAUAGAGAAACAGCACAAUCAAUUCCAGAUGGUGUGAGAUGGAUUGGAAAUCGCCAGCAGCGAGUUCUGGUGAGGGGGGCAAGGUGGCCUUGGAUUUCUUUGGUGUUUUCCAGAGUAGAAACUAAAGCAAAGACUACAAGUUUAGACCACAGAAAUGAUCCUGCUGAAUCACCCUUGGACUUCCUCGGCACUGCCCCUUCUAGCAGUGGGCAUCAUCGUGGGUCAGUCUUAAUUUUCAUGCCAAGGGACAGACGGUGUGACGUUUGGAUUGGUUCUGGAGUGUGUAUUUUGAGUUCAUCCUUAAAGUUCUUUUGCCACACCUGUGGAUUUUUCUGAAAACACUUUGCAAUCUAGUGAGUCCUUUUUUACCAGGACUAACCAAAUUGGGAAUUUUACUGCCUCCUGAGGAGUGGCAGCAAGUAGUACCUGGCAUUCUUUUGAGCCAAAAGGGUGUGCCCUGUUGGAGGGGAUGUUUUCUAAGGUAGAAGUAGAAGGAAGGACAAAAGCAGGAAAGGUGUUUGGGCUUUUAAGUAAUUAGGCGGUCGUGUUUUUUAUCAUUCUUAGAGGUGGGAAGGAGAGACAGAGACCCACUCAUUAGAACUGGAACUGGAGAGGUGACUGAAUUAGUGAAAAACAGGUUCCCCUGUGUUCACAUCCUUAAGGUGUGUAAAAGUCAAUGUGACUUGUACCUAAGUAAAAUCUGCGUUCUCUCAGUUGUGUCCAAAUUAACCAAAAAAUUGUCUCUAGAGAACUAUUGUUAUAACCCAAGCACGAUUCUCUUAUGGAGGCUUUUUUCCUUCUGCCCAAAGGAGGCAAAUCCUUUCCAAAUUAACAAAGCCAACUGAAAUAUAAUAUCUUGAAUAAGAGUUAGGUUGCCUGCAAUCUCUGCCAUUCUGAUUUCUCUUCUGGAAUGAAUUUCCACCUCUCCCUUUAAGGCAUUUGAAGCUGCUGUUCCCAAGAGAUUGGCAAUCCUGAUUGUGCCUUUCUUGUAAGAAAAGCCAGCUCCCUCCUACAGAUGAUAAUGUACAUCUUGCUGGUGUCUGGACCUGUCUUAAGAUUUGAGCCAUUGCGGACGACUGGAAACAAAGAAUUUAAGCCUUCUGAGCCUUAAAACUAAGGAGGUUGUACCAGGAAGAGCCUUAAGAUUUUGAUUUAUAUCAAACACUAAUUUCAUUAUUUAUCUUGUUUGGAGUCCUGAACCCAUGAUGUAGUACUGUUCUUGCAUCUCAUGUUAGCACUCAAAUGUCAGGUUCUGGGUUCCAGCCAAGAGCUCUGAUAUGUAAGCAGUUGCAGUAAAAUACAGGACCCGAGGACGACAGGCCUGGUGUGCCCAUCGCUGUGUGCUCCUGUCCCGCAUCUCGUCUGGGUGCCGUCCCGCUCUGGCGCUUCUUCCAGGCAGAGGCUAAUACUUAAACAGUGUGGGUGAAUACAUUUAAUACCAGCCAUUGAAGACCAGUUUUAAGCAACCACCUUUUCAAAAACAGUUUAGAAUUUAUGCUCCAAUGUCCUGGCAUUGAGAGGUAACAGUAACCUGUAACUACUUUAAAACAGCAUGAAAUUAGGAUACUUCUGUGCUUUCUAUAUACAUUUUGAGAUGUACACAAGAAUGGGCUGAGUUAUAAGAAAAAAAAAAGUAUUGCAUUUAAGAAGACAGAUAUUAGCACAGAACAGUGCAAUUGUGUUAAAAGGAGGUGUUGAUUCCAAUUUUAAGGCCAUUUACUGUGUUCGGCCAGAGAAAUUCACAAUUGAGCUUGAGGCUGCCUUGGAUGGUGCGUGCCCCAAAGUGUCAGGGAGCCAGCUAGCAGAAGCCUGGAGAGUCAGCGCCACUCUACUUGGUAAGCGUUAGUUGAAUUAAAUUAUGGACAAGUGUUCUUUCAAACACUUUAGUAUGCCACAGUGGAAUGAAUGAGAACCAUUCUCAAACUGGUCACUUUAUUUGUUGUUAAAGGCAGAAGAGUGCUAAGGAAAAGAGCAGGAAGGAAAGCUGCUUUGGAAGUGUCUCAUCCUUGUCCAAAACAUCGCUGAAAAUGUGUAAUUUCAUUCUCUUGCCCUACUGCUUUAAAAUUCAUGAUCUUAAAAGGUGUUCAGAUCUGUAGUGAUUAAAGUUAGAAUUAUGCUAAUAGAGUGGUGUGACGUAACACUGAGAAUAUACAUUUACAUUCUAAGUCAGGUUUGGAUUAAGGUGGGAAAGUAUGUUUAGGUGAAUCGUGGCGAGAAUCAACCAUAAAUAUAUAGCCCUAAAAUUCACAAAUGGCUAAAUUCUGUCUGAGAAAAAGAGGUAGAUAACUUUUUAAAAGGUUUGUAACACUGUCCUCUAUGAUUUAUUUUUUAGAAUCUAGCACUGUUAAAUCAAACAACCCAUUGGGAGGGUUUUGGUCAUUCCGAAGUAGGGCGUGCCUAGCUAAUAUCUAAAGGUAGGUAGGCGUGGAUACAAUUUAAUAUUAUAAAACUAGGAAAAUCAGAACUGACUACUAUGUCCUGUCCUUCUCAUACUUCUGAAAUAUGUUUAUUCCAGAGUUUGAGUGGGGAAACAUAAGUAUAGAGGUUUCAUUCUAAAACUGUUCUUUAAUAUGAGGCUUUAUUGUGGGUUUGCCCAUAAAUAAUUUUCUGUGCAAAGCAAAUUAACAGGAUCUGAUUUGCUCAGAGUAUUGUUCAGUAAUACAUUAGUAAGGCAGUUCUCCUUGUUUGCACUCAGGAUUAAUACAUCAAAUGAAAUUUAAGAAGGAAAUGGGAGAAUUUGGGUACAUUCAUUGCAUAUUAUUUUGGGAAAGAUGAAUCCUAUACAUGGCAGUUUUUCAAUGUGACCUGAAGGCAGCAUGUUCUUCCAAAGAAAUCCAUCUUUUCUCAAAAAGACAGGCUUUUGGCUUCCCCCUCCCCUCUACCAUAUUCCUUCAUCCUCCCUUCUCAAUGGUUCCUGUAUUCUUUUUUGACCAGUAAAUGGCCACACUUCAAUGAUGGUAAAACAGCAUCUGUCAGUGAGCUGUCUUGUAUGAGUACGCUUGAGCUUCAGGAAACGUGAGUAAAGGUAUAUGUAUGUAUAUAGUCAUAUGUAUUUUAGCAAGAGAAAACAUAUUUAUUUUGACACAGGGAAACACUGACUUACGUUGCUGAAGAGCUUGAAGCUAGCAAAGGUUCUCUUCUCAGUCCCUGAGAGCUGAUGCUCAGUGACAUAAAGACCAUUCACUCGGCAGACGCCUGCUAGCAGCCCUGGCUACGCACACGAAGGAGCCAGGUCUGACUUCAUGCAACCUCUUUACAGGGAAGGCCAGUUUCUCUCCCUCCAAUUCCUCGAGUCUGGGUUGAAAAGGUAGGGGCUGGGUACUAUACUGCCACAGGUUUUUAAGGAACUAAGGUGUUACUCACAAAUACAGAAUGUUUUGGGGGAACUGGGAAUUACUGGGAAGCUAAUUUAUUUGCUUAAAAGGGCGGUGUACAAACCACCCUGUUUUGACCUGCCAAGGAUUUCCUCUCAGAGCUGUUGCACAAAUAGAGGUUGUGCUUGGGCAGACACCAAACAAGACAGAUGUGCACCUAAAUUUCUAAUGUUUCAAUUCUAUUCAAUUCAUGGGUUUCAAUUCUAAAAAAUAAAAAUAAAAUGAAUAAAGAUUUUAAUAAGUA